GGACGCGGCUCCUUUAAGGGGACUUUGAACAUGUCGGGGAUCGCCCUCAGCAGACUCGCCCAGGAGAGAAAAGCUUGGAGGAAGGACCAUCCUUUUGGCUUUGUGGCUGUCCCAACUAAGAACCCAGACGGCACGAUGAACCUGAUGAACUGGGAAUGUGCUAUCCCAGGAAAGAAGGGGACUCCGUGGGAAGGAGGCUUGUUCAAGCUUCGGAUGCUCUUCAAAGAUGAUUAUCCAUCCUCGCCACCGAAAUGUAAAUUUGAGCCACCGCUGUUUCACCCAAAUGUGUACCCUUCUGGUACUGUGUGUCUGUCCAUUCUGGAGGAGGACAAGGACUGGAGGCCAGCCAUCACGAUCAAGCAGAUCUUAUUAGGAAUACAGGAACUUCUAAAUGAACCAAAUAUCCAAGACCCCGCUCAAGCAGAGGCCUACACGAUUUACUGCCAAAACAGAGUGGAAUAUGAGAAAAGGGUUCGAGCACAAGCCAAGAAGUUUGCACCCUCAUAGACAGCGACCCUGUGGCACCGCAAAAGGAAGGGAUUGGUUUGGCAAGAACUUGUUUACACCUUUUGCAAAUCUCAAGUCGCUCGUGCAGUUACCGGUCGCCUGGGAGGGUUGGGCGGGCGCCAUCUUCCAUUUCCGCCACUGGCAUACAGUUCUCAAUUCGCUGAAUUGCCCCAGUUUUUCAUACAGGGUCUCUUCCUUCAGUCUUUUGUAUUUUUGAUUGUUAUGUAAAACUUGCUUUUAUUUUAAUAUUGAUGUCAGUAUUUCAACUGCUGUAAAAUUAUAAACUUUUAUACUUGGGUAAGCCCCUAGGAGCUAGUUCCUUUGCUCGGAUGCAGGCAUGCUUCACCGUUCAGAGCUGUCCCGGCCUCCAGCGGGCUGUGUGGAAGUCCCUGUCCUUCCCUCCCACACCCUUCUCUCAGAACCUGGCUGUUGCUAAUGCGCCUCCGAUCCAAAGUCAGCAGCGUCUCGACCCGCACCUCUUCCUUUGUGUUUAUAUGGCGUUUGUCUGUGUUGCUGUUUAGAGUAAAUAAACUGUUUAUAUAAAGGCUCUGUUGCACUAUCAUCAUUACAGGGAGAGAGCACCUGGUGUGCCCAGCCUCCCCAGCCAGUGGCUGUGCCCUUGCUCAGGCCCCUGCUGUGGGUGCACCAGGUCCCUGGCACUAUCUUGUCCUGUUGUUUGGAUAGGACUAUGUGGGGUCUGUCCAAGGUUCUAUCCUCCUGUCCCUGGAUCUUUGGGCCCUGGAGUGCAGACCUGGUGAAGUCGGAGUCGUGUCCAGACCCUUGUAAAGUGUUCCCACCCAAAGCUGGUGCCUGUGCAGCUGCAGCCGCCAAGGAGGACACAGUGGCUCAGUCCAGCUGCGAUCAGCAUCUGCCCUCCCCAACUGAUUGUGACUGCUGUGGCCCCCCAGGAGGCAGCCUCAAGCCAUGGCCCUCCUGUGCCCCAGCUUGCGUCUAGCCUGGCAGCCUGAAGGGCCCUUGGCCUGGGUGUGUCUUGUCACAGGAAGCCCUGAGACACGACUGUCCACUGAUCCUACAGGAACUGGAGCCACCGGUGGUGAGGAGGAGCUGCUCCCCAACCAUAACCUUGAGCUGCCUGGCAGGGCUAGGCAGGCAAGACCCUCAGGACAGGGAGAUGCAGCAGGCAGAAAUGGCCCAUUGUCCUGCUCUGAGAUCUGGCUGAGGCCUGCAGCCACUCUGCUCUCCCACCUGGAAGACCAAGUGCAUCCACGAAGAAGGCAGGGCCAGUGCAUUGGGGGACCCCCAGAACCUAAGGAACAGGUGAAAGGAGUGGGCCCUGGAAUUGGAAUCCUCAGGUUGGCAGUUAAUGAGACAGAGGGCCUUGCCAGGGGAAUUCCGCUCCCUCAUUUGUAGCCUGCUCCUGGAAUGUCAUUUUGUAACAACUGACUACAUUUAGUUAUAGUUACACAUGUAUAUGGUUAAUAUAUGGAAAUUCAAUAUAUUUUAUAGUAUUCUAAAGUAACUGAUGUUUCUGGCAAAUUGUAGUGACUUCGGCUAUGAAAUGUUCCUUCUGUACCACGGUCCUUGGCUUAACAAAGAUGUGACGCGUAACAUGAGAACAUGCAAUGUGAUAACUGUGUUCACCUGAGGGAGGAGGGUGUUCCCAGCAUGAGGCCCAUGCUAGUAAGGAAUCGUGGGCAACAGACUAACCACUGUAUCCAAGAAUCUUCAAAUUAAAGCAUUUCCACAAA